CAGGAAACAAGGAAGUGUUGUCUCAAACAGAAACAGGGCCGAGUCUGUCCUGUUUUUUCUUCCUCUCCGCAGAGGACUCAACGUUUGACGCUCUUAUAAAAAGCGGAGCUGAAGAAAGAGACGGACAGCUUCAAUAGAGUGGCACUUGUUUAUUUUAAAAUGGGUUCAAAUCGCUCGUUUCCGACGAUUUUAUUGCAUUGUCUCCUAAUCUGCGUCACUUUGUGGAGCAACCUGAGCAGCGGGGUGUUCGCUAAAUCAACCCAGAGACCAAACAUUGUUUUGAUCCUCACCGACGACCUGGACAUCGCCAUCGGGGGUCUGACUCCACUCACCAAGACGAAAAAACUGAUUGGUGAUGCAGGGAUAUCGUUCACAAACGCAUUUGUCGCCAGCCCGCUGUGCUGCCCGAGUCGAGCCAGCAUCCUGACGGGGAAAUACCCCCACAACCACCACGUCAUCAACAACACGCUGGAGGGGAACUGCAGCAGUAAAGCCUGGCAGAAGAGCGAGGAGGCCCACACCUUCCCCGCUCUGCUGAGGACGUACGCCGGCUACCAGACCUUCUUCGCUGGGAAGUAUCUGAACCAGUAUGGGCACUCAGAGGCUGGUGGAGUGGAGCAUGUUCCUCCAGGCUGGAGCUACUGGGUUGGACUGGAGAAGAACUCUAAAUACUACAACUACACUCUGUCAGUGAACGGAAAGGCCGAGGUUCAUGGAGCGGACUACAGCAAAGACUACCUGACAGACGUCCUGGCCAACAGGUCUCUGGACUUCCUCCAGUAUAAAUACAACUACCUGCCGUUCUUCAUGAUGGUUUCCAUUCCGGCCCCCCACUCCCCCUGGACUGCAGCCCCUCAGUACCAGAACAGCUUCAACACCACCAAGGCUCCCAGAGACCCCAACUUCAACGUCCACGGGAAGGACAAACACUGGUUGAUCAGACAAGCUAAAACCCCGAUGACCAACUCAUCUGUUCAGGUUCUGGACGAUGCUUUCAGGAAACGGUGGCAAACUCUGCUGUCAGUGGACGACCUGGUGGAGAAAAUAGUGAAGAGUUUAGAGGUCAGAGGUGAACUGGACAAGACCUACAUCUUCUUCACCUCCGACAACGGCUACCACACAGGUCAGUUCUCUCUUCCUCUGGAUAAGCGGCAGCUCUACGAGUUUGACAUCAGAGUUCCUCUCAUGGUCAGAGGACCAAACAUCAAGCCCAACCAGACCAGCCAGAUGCUGGUGGCGAACGUCGACCUCGGUCCGACCAUCCUGGACAUCACCGGAUACAACGUCAACAAGACGCAGAUGGACGGCAUGUCCUUCCUGCCCGUUAUGGAGGGGAAGAUGAACAGCAGCAGCUGGAGGACAGAUAUCCUGGUGGAGUAUGAAGGAGAAGGAAGCAACGUGUCCAACCCGGCGUGUCCUCUGCUGGGGCCGGGAGUCUCGGAGUGUUUCCCCGACUGUGUGUGCGAGGACUCGUACAACAACACAUACGCCUGUGUGCGAACAGUCGCCCCCUCUGCCAACCUGCAGUACUGCGAGUUCGACGAUAAUGAGGUGUUUGUAGAAGUCUACAACGUGACCGCUGACCCCUUCCAGCUGACCAACAUCGCUAAGACCAUCGACCAGGAAGUCCUGGAGAAGAUGAACCACCGGCUGAUGAUGCUGCAGUCCUGCGCCGGACAGUCGUGUCGGACGCCCGGCGUGUACGAUACGAGGUAUAAAUUUGACCCUCGACAGAUGUUUCCAAACCACGGCUGGCGGCUCAGCCGACUCCGACAGAAGACGAAGUAAGACGAGCAGAUGAAGGACGGAGGGAGGAAGAGGAGGGUUGUGUUUUUGUAUUCGGGCCUUUCUUGCUGUUACUGCCUUGUUUUCAGGCCUCCUGAGCCGAAUCUCUUCGUAGAUGGAUUGAGUAAAAAAAAAAGGGACCAGGUGGGGCUGGAGGCCUCUCUGGGUGCUGGACCCGCUUUUAAAGCUUCCAGAUCGGGCUGCUGUUUCGUGAGUUUGUCAGUAGACGUGCAGGGAAAUUAUUCAGGAUGGAUUCACACUCGCAAAGCCAUUCGUUCCUGUUUUCCUGUGAGCGUUGUUGUGUCUAAUCGGUCAAUUUAAAAUCCUGCAAACAAGUGUUUCUCUCUCUCUCUGUUCAGAACUUCAUAUUAAUGAUCCACCCAGUGGCCACUUCAUGGAAGGUUCUUCAUGUUUUAGUCUAAAUGUUAUUCAGCGUGCCUGGUGGACAUUUGUUUUCUGCAUUCAGAUGGUCCUCGAGAAUUUCAAUCUUAAUCAAAGAGAAACACUUACUGCGUCACAUGGACAGUUUCUACAGAUUUAUAUUGUCAAUCAGGUAGUAUUUCUUCAAAUCAUCAUUAAGAGAAAAUAUCACUUUUCCAUCAUAAGUUACCAAUUAUGCACAAAGUGAAAAGCCUAAAAAAACUUUUUAAAGUUCGUAAAUUUACAAAAAAUGCUUUUCAAAACACGACAAUUUGCUUGUUUUUCUUCACUUAGCAGCAAUUUUCUGGAGCAUUUUUACUAAAUAAAUCAAAAUUAGGAAUAAAUUACUUUAAUUAAAGGUCGUGAUGUCCUGUUUCUGAUGCGGGUAAUAAAUAAAUAUCGAUUAGAGCGAUCACAGACUGUAAAAUGCACAUAUUUGUAGAGCGAUAAAGAACUAAACACGACGACUUUAAAAAAGGAAAACUUGACGACAAUUUGGUUAAAGAGUUUCAGAUUAGAAAGAGGAAAACUUUAAUCUAGCAGCAAAAAGUAUUUUAGUAAAAAGCAACUAAAAUCUCCAUUCAAGUUCAAUCAAUAAAUCAGAUUUAAUGGCUCGUGUGUGUGACACUUUAAAAGUCUCCUACUUUGUUUCCAGCGUCAAACAUUUCCAUUAUUUCAGUGAUUUAUCUUCUUGUGUUAAAGCACCGUUUUCUUUCUCAAAAUGCAAAUGAAUCGUUUCUGAAGCAUUUGUUGGGUACAGAGAUUAACUUCCUAAUGAAGCAGUCAUUUUAGAAAAAUAGAAUAUUUUGCCAAAAAGUCCUUUUUCACGUAAUCGGGGUUUCAGUCGGCAGUUUUAGAUCAGUUCUGUUAUAGUUUCUACCAAGAAUUCUUAUUUUACUUCAUGAGUUGGAUGUGAGAACUUUAAGGCCAAAUAAAAAUAAAAAAAUCUAUAUUUGAUGUAUUUUUAAAUGUGACCUUUAAGGGAAGCCACUUGUUUUCUUUGGAUCGUGUUUAUUUUUGCCAUAAACAACAUUUAUACAGUUUCUUCAACCCUCCUGUCGCUGGUAUUUCUUAUUUGAAAAGGUCAAUAUAUAUAAGAUUAUUUUGUGGAGAUGCAUUCAUUUAUAAUCUCAGAUCUAAUCUGUGCAGAUUAACAUCCAACCAAAGAUCUGAUGACUGAAGUAUUAAACGACGGUCUCGUCUCAUCUGCCCGACGUUUGUUGUAAAAAGCUGAAUCUUUAUUUUUGAUUGUGAAUUAUUUUCUCACUGACGAGCAAAGCAGACAAACUAAUGAAUCGAUGGUUUAAUGGUUAUUGUAUUAAUAUAUUCAUACGGCUCCUCUCCUCCUCUGCUCUGAUUCACGACUGAACUGAAUUAAUGUGAUAACACCGAGAUUUCCUCUCGUUUCAAUUCACUGAUGCACUUUUCAAUCUGUCACGACUGUUUCAUUUUGGAACUCUUAGUUUUAUUAAAUUGUUUUCUAGAAUAGUUUUCUGUGAUUAUGUAUUUUUGUGUUUUUUGUCCAAAUAAAGAGAUUCUCGAAAAUAA